AUGGCGGAGCCGUGGGUGAUCCUUGGCCGCAUCCCCCGCGUCGCCACCGACGACGCGGAGGCGGGGCACGACGCCAACGCCGACUUCUUCGUCCCGGUCGCGCUGCCGCCGCGGGUCACCGUCCUCACCGCGGCCCGGAGCGCUCACCCCGACCGCGAGCGCCCCGACACGUACCCCUACAUCCUCGCCGCCGGCCCCGAGUGCCUCCUGGUGCACUUCUCCGCCAAGCCCUUCUGUGGCGCGCACUUCGGCGUCAACCCCCACGAGAGCUACCUCGUCCUGUCGCGCCGCUUCCGCAUGGCCGCGGGCGAGAUCACGGCCUCCGCCGAGCGCGUCUCCGACCGCCCCGUCUCCAUGCCCGCUAUCCGAAAUAUCCAGAGCAUCGGCCUCGUCCCCUACGAUCUCGGGCGCGGCUACAUGAUCGCCGACCUCCAGGUCGACAAGGGCAGCGAUCGCGCCAAGCUCCUCCGCUUCCAAUCCGGCCGCGACCAGUGGUUCGAGACGGACCUGCGGUGCCCCUUGGACGCGCAGGACCGGGAGUGGGUUCCCGCAGGGGUGGUCUCCCUCGACCACAAGUUCUGGUGGUUCGACCUCUCGUGGGGGAUCCUCAGCUGCGACCCCUUCGUCGCGGACCCCGAGCUGCUCUUCCACGGCCUCCCGCAGGGCCGGGAUCUCGACAUGGCCGGGCCGGACAUCCAUGACCACCGCUGCAUCACGGUGAGCCAGAACGAGCUGCGGUACGUGGAGGUCACCCCUGAGGUCGACGACGUCGGCGAAGCAGCGACGGUUUUCAUGUGGACGUGGACCCCCGCUCUCGGCGGCAGGACUGGGAGGUGGGAAGUGGCGUACGAGAUGAGCUUCGCGGAGAUCUGGAACGACGACAGCUACCACCUCACUGGGCUGCCAGAGAAGGUCCCCGUGCUCGCGGUCGUGUGCCCGUCGAAUCCCAAUCUGGUCUACUUCUCGCUGGAUCACCAUCUCUUCGGCGUCAACAUGCCCCUGCACACAGUCGUGGAGUUGGAGACGUAUGAAUUGGUGACAACGGCAUGCCCGACGACGGCCUCCUGCCGCUACGUCCUCGCUUGGGACCUGCCACCCUGCGUCGCCACAGGUAAUGCAUGCCUACAUUUCUACAAAUGCUACUGUGCUAGUUAG